AACUACGACCAGAGGCCGUACUCAUACCUGAUCAGCGCCCGUAGCCAGACCAAGCCAAGCCAUGACUGAAGACCAGACCAAUAGGCGGAGGCCAUCAGUGCGCGUGUGUCGGCUGGAAACCACGUAAGAGGAAAGGCGUGGCUUGUCUUCCGAAGUCAUCACCACCACAUCCGCCAAUUGCCGGCCGGGCAGGAAUUCACACCGAUGUCCAGUGGAGGACCGAUAGUGCGGACGGCGUUCGCCUCCAAUGGCGGCGGCGCUGCCUCCGCGGCCAGGAACGGCGUUCGCAGCGCCGGCAGUGUCAGGACCGGCCACGGUGUCUCUGGCGGCGGUGGCUACCCACCUUGGCGGAGGGUCAGUGGCGACUUUUGCCUCGACCUCGCCAGGGAGGAUAGGCACGCUGCGGAUGCGGUUGUGAAACCCCGCUGCAACAGUGCGACGGCGGCGCACCGUGCCCGUGACGUGGACGAGUUUUACCUUCGUGUCACGAAACGCCAGGAGGAGCACCUUAUUCCGCUCAAGGAAGACCUGGCCGACUGGCUCAACAAGUCGCUCGACGUUGAGGACAUCACAGCAGACAACUUUUUGGACAAACUCGACAAUGGCGUGAUCGUCUGUCGGCUAGCCAAGCUGAUCCAAGCCAGGGCGGAACACUGUUGCCAACUGAGCGGCUCCUCAAAGGUGGUUCCCAGCUUCGAGUUCAAGUGCUGGGAGAACGCGAAGUCGGGCACGUUCUUCGCGCGCGACAACGUGGACAACUUCCUGCGAUGGUGUCGCAAGUUUGGCGUCAACGAAUCCGUCAUGUUCGAGUCGGACGGACUUGUGCUUCACAACCAGCCUCGUUGCGUGGUGCUGUGCCUGUUGGAGCUUGGUCGCAUCGCGUCUCGGUUCGGCGUCGAGCCGCCGGGCCUCGUGCAGCUCGAGAAGGAGAUCGAGGAGCAGGAGCAGCAGCUUCUCCAGCAAGAGGACGACGUGCCAGAGGCCCUCCUGGGCGCAGUCGCAGACGAAGAGGAGUCCUCCUCAGCGUGCUCGUCGCCGGCGCUGUCCCGCGCCCACUCGUGCCUGUCGGACGACGACGUCGCCUCCAGCACCGGUGACCAGCCAGGGUUGGCGACCUCGAACGGCGGCACUGACAGCGCCGUCGAGACUUCGCUGGAGCCCCAGCUGCCGGGCGCCGUAGCGGACGUCGUCGACGGCGUGCCCAUCAACGGGUCCUCCAGGAACAAGGACGAGGACGACGACGACGGCAGAGACUCGGGGCUUCCUCACGAGGGCGGCGCCGAUGACUCCCUGGACGGCUCUUCGCUGAACGGCACCUCUUCCACUCCCAGUCCGCCGCCGCCCGAGCCGCCGGUACAGGCCAAAGCCGCCAAGAAGGCCGAGGGCAAGAAGAAGGCCCCCUCGGACCUGGACCGAAAGGUCCGCAAGAUAGCCAGUCGUGUGUGCCAAAGUGAGACCCAGAUCAAACGCAUCUCAGAGGGACGAUACUGCAUCGGAGGUCGCAUCUACUUUGUCAGGCUGCUCAAAGAGAAGCACGUCAUGAUCCGUGUGGGUGGCGGCUGGGACACCCUGGAGCACUUCCUGUCCCGGCACGACACCUGCAACGUCAUCCUGCUGAACCGGCGAUCCUCCAGUGCCUCGGAGGAUGGCUCGCACUCGCCCUCCUCAGGAUCUACCUGCUCUCUCCUCAGCGGCACGCCGUCGCCUCUGGGCUCGAGCUCGGGAAAUUCGACGCCCGCCGGUAUGGGCCUCUCGCGUCCCAGGUACCGGAGCCCAGCGUCCAGCGUGUCUCUCAGUGCCAUCAGUUCGCUGUCCAAGCAAGUGGGGUAGUUGUGAGCGGGGAAUCUCCUUGCAUUCAUUGGCCAUAAGGAUUGCACAGUAACACUGUAUGAGAACAGCUUUCUUCGGUGGCUUUAGAUGGAUGGGCGAGGCAGCAAACAUCCAGCUAUAUUUUGAUGCCACGAGAUCUGGCUAAAGAGGAAAUGCCUGUUAGUACAUGUGAAUGACUUCGUUCGGUCAAACUAGAUUGGUGUUUGCUGCGGAGAGGGUUCUUAACCUGGCUCAGUGUCCAAUUGCUGCAAGGGACAUGCCACCAUUUUAUAUUCAUCCUCAUUUGUCCAGCUGUUGGCGUGGAAUGUACCCACAAGUGCAUUUGAUGAUGUCAUUCAUUUGAUUCAUAGAUAUGUAGCUUUUUCAGUCAUCUCAGCAACAGGCUUUUGCGACUGUUGUUCAUUCAAAGCCAAUUUUUUUUAUAAUUUGACCACCUCAUUUUCUGUCAUUAAGAAGUCAUCACCAAUUCUCUUUUUUAACAUUUGUCAUUAUUUUUUUAUAUUCUCUGGCAUUUUAUGUCCCAAAACCACGAUAUCAGGAGCAGCAUUGUAGAGGAGGGCUCAGCAAAUUUUGACCACCUAUGAUUUUAUAACGUGCACCUAAAGGUAUGCACAGAAGUACAGCUUUGUCAAUGUGACAACUUUACUGCAAUCUUUGCAAGCUACAAUUAAAAUGAUGGACAUUACUGUUGGCAGUCUCAUAUUUUCCAAAUCUGUUUAGCAAGAACCUGCAGGGUUGAGAAAUAUCCACAAAAGUGAAUAUGCUGUCAUCCAUGCAUUUGGAGCAGUUAGCUGCAAAGAAAAUCUGUAUACAGUUUUCAGAAUGAAAUUGCUUGCUAUGCAACCACAUUUGUGCCUGUUCAUUUUUAUGUGUAAUAAUAGCUUUUCAUUUGAAAUGAUCAGAAUAAUUUGCAUCAAUUAAAAAAGUAGCACUUCAAAGCUUUUGCUAGAGAGUGGAAACUGACUGAUAGAGUUCUUAUUUCAGACUCUGCUUAGGCCAUCUCAUUUGCCAUCAAAUAAUUUAAGCUAAAAGGGAUACAGGAGAUAGUAAAUCAUGCGAGCACUUACAUAUGCACACACUUCACAAUUUCCAUUCUGUUUUUGAAAUUCUGAAUUAUUUAAGACUUUCAAUUUUUUUCUAUCAAGUGCUUCUGUAGUCUUAAUCAUUGUGAAUUACCUUAAAAACCCUCAGACAAAUUUUGCAUUAAGUAGGUGAUGCACAAAUACAUUCCUUUAGUAGCAUUAAGUAUUAUAAGAACACCUAAAUAGAAUACACACUUGUUAGAAAGCAACUUUUUGAAGUUAUCAGGAUAACUUUCAGGCUUCAAAUAUUAGUUUAAGGUUAUUAUAUUUGAAAUCUGUGUAUCUCCCUAACUACAUAUGAUACUUGAUGUUCCAGUUGUGAUUGUAUUUUGGGCAUUCUUGUGCAUUGUAUUAAAUGCCUUUGACGUAACUUACGUAGCACAGGACAAAAGAUGUGUGUGCCUUUUGUGUGUUGCUGUACUCACGUUUAAGGCAUUUAUUGAAAGGAUAAAGUUCAAGAUACAGACUGUGGAUGUUCAUGUACUAUAAACAAGAUGUGACUAUUAAAAUUGGUUACUUGGUUAUCUUUGAAAUUUUGCCUUUUACUAGGUGUAAUGCUAGAAAAGAAAAGCACUUUUGAAAAUAUUCAGCUGGGCACUCUGUUCUCAUGCUGUAUGCUAGGUCCAUCCAGCAAUCUUUUGAAGAAAGCUGUUCCCACGCUUUGCCCACUGGCCUGAAAAUUUCAGAAGGGAGAACUCGGGUGCUCUUAACGAAAUGUGCAACGGACCAGCUGUCCAUGGUUGUACUUGCAGUGAUUUAGAAAUAUUGAAUUUGUAAAGUGUUUCAUAACUCUUUUUUUUGCAUGACAUCCUGUCUCUUUCGAGCUGUCUCAUUUUCUUGAGUCUUCAGUGCACCAUGACCCUCAGCUGUUGAUGGAUGUCAGAACGACUUAUUGCACUCAUUCAAUGUGUGUACAACUUGCUGUCUGAAGACGUCGGUACCUUCUGUUCUAUUCAACAACUUUUGCUGUAAUUUCCCUUCUUACAUUUUUGUAAAGUUUAGUUUUAUCCCUUCUCUCAUUUUGCUUAAUGCACAAAAGCUUUUGCACUAUGUUUUAGCAGAAUCUUACUAUGUAUCACCGUCAAAAGGUAGCAAAUCACGAUAACCUUUUGAGGCGUAACAUACUCUCACCAUUUUUUCAAACGGCAUAUUGACGUUCGAAUCUAAACUUGAAAGGACGAUUUGUGCGCAUUUCAUUUCAUUAACACUGAUUACCUAGUACUUUCAAGUCACAGACCCUGUGUGAGUAUCAGCGUCAAGGUACGAAAUUUACGUAGCAUAGCUUACAUUACUUAGGACUAGAGAAGUAUAUUGCAGAAUUAAAACAUUUUUUUUCUGCUUACCAUUGCACGUUACUUUCUGUUCAGAAUAGCCAUAAGGUAUCUCCUCUGUCCUGUUGGUUUAUCUUUUUUUUUAAUCCCAUCACUGUUGUCUACAGGUUAUUUUUGCAACCUGCUUCUUUCUCCACCAUUGCUACACCUAAAUCAUUUAGUAGUCGGUAAUCAUUAUUUCAUUAUUUGGAUUCACACUUUUGAGAGCUCUUCAUUAUGCUCCACAGCAACGAGACUUCUGCAUUUUUUUCUUUGAUUAUUGCUCUAAGCAUAUGGCACGGCACAAUUUCAGCACUUGUGAGAACUGAGCACUGCAAGUAUUUUGAGCUUUUGUUUUAUGACUGCAAACGAGAGUGCUUUGCUUGUUGUGUGAAAAAAAGUGCUGCCCAACUUAAAAACUGCAUCACAGAAGCUUGUCACUUUAUCUGCAAUUGCUUAAUAUCUCUGUUCACUGCCAUGACAGCGCAUUUUUAUUGCAUGCCCAAAGAGAAACUUUUAUUUAUGUGCCUAUACUUGUAAAGACAGCAUGAAAGUAGCUAUGCUUGCUGCCUUACCUAGAUGUGGCAGCUUAAUGAACUGUGUGAGAUAGUAUUCUUUAAAGACUUUUCCUCACUAAUGAGUAGCAAUUGAGAAGUGAUCCCAUUGUCAUUAGCAUAACGUAGCUGUUUGAUCUGUUUUCGUGUGAAAUCUGUGAAGAUCUAAUGAAAUCUCUGUGCUGUUUUGGCUGUAAAACUUAGGCAUCGAGGAAACAUGCGCAUUUCUAGUAGUUGCUUGUUGUAUUAAAGAAUGAUUUUAUGUAUAUAUGAAGUGUUGAUGUAGCUAUUAGAUUACUAUUUUGGUAUGCUUGAUCCAGAUCGUUUUAGGAGCUGUUCUAUUUCAAGUGGACAUUCUGUCACUGAUCUGCCUCUCUUUAGCCGCACUUUUGCUUCUUGUUGAUGUGUAGAGCUUUUUUUUCCUUUCGAUACUUUUAGGAUGAUAGUUGUGUGUGGCAUGAACCAUUUUGAGUCUGCAGUGGUUGUUGGUUACUUGUAAGUUUUCCAGCUUGUUCAGGGAGUUUUAUUGAGAUCUUAACAAAUCGCUUAAAGUGUUCAUUCUUUCAGCAUAGUGUUUUUUUCUUUUGCCUGACGGCCCUGUCAUCGUGGUAAACAACAUGCAGUAAUAUAUGUUAUUGUUUUUAUUUACUGGCUAGACAUACUUUUAUUUGGACACUUUCUGGUCUGUAAUUUACUUCAGUACCUGUGGUCUUGUACAACGGUUCAAGAUUUUUUACUCGGACCAGAAUUAGACUUUUGAAAUGUGGAAUAAGCAGGGUGUGUUGCCCUGAUAUGGCAAGCUUGGAUGGUUGGCUCUAAUUAUGUGCUAUAAAAUCUUCAAAUAGUGAAUUGCAAAGCAGUUCUAACUAUAAACUAUUGCUUCUUUGUUUCUACAAAUUACAAUUCUGAACGACGAAGUUUUGAUAAAUUUAAGCCUGUUUUCUUGCCUUUUUUUAGAAAAAAAGUGAAACCAAUGUCUAUGUUGUAUUUUUUUUGUUUGCAGUAAAGUCUGUGAAGAUAUUUUAUUCUGCCUCAUUUUGCUUACUGACGUUUUUUUUAAGGUAAUCAUAGAGUUCUUUUCUAUUAUGCACUCAUGCUACAUUAAUAAACAUACUUGCGUGAAUUGUGCCAGUAAUGCCAUUUAUGUGCUCGCAGCUCUCUAAGAAUUCUUACUGCCCUAAUUGAUAUGACCAGUGUUAAUGCUUUGUUAUGACGCAGCCUUUUUAUAAAAAUUAGAAUCAAUUAGUUCUACAUAUGAAGCUGGAACCACAUAGCCUUGUUUGAAAAAAAGAUGUUAUUUUUCGUUUUUAAGAGCCCUCAGGUUUAUUUUCACUUUCUCUAAUAGAAGAUAAUGGAGGAGUGUGGUGAUGGUUACUAUGAGUUUUUUUUUUAAAUUCACAAUUGAAUGGUUCUUUGAGCAAAUUGCUGGGCGUACUUUGAAGCUGAUCGUUUGAGUAACUUCUGUUCUUCUUUCCUAGCUCCCUCUUGCUGAAAUUUUGAGGGGAGUGGUUUUUUACAGAACUAAAAAGAAUAAGAAGUACGUGUUUUUCGAUAAUAGUCAAGGCCUUCAACAAGUGUCCCCCUUCCCUAAGAAAAAUUGCUGGCUAUGUGCCUGACUCGCGGUGACCCCGACACGGUGUAACUUGACUUGAUGGCAUCCAAACUGGCAGUCUGCAUUAACAAUGUGGAGUUAGAGCUCCACAGUAGAUGCUCAAUAAACGAAACCUAGAAGGAGGAGGAAAAUUACAGGAUGCAGCAAGCAAGUACGAAACCAAUCUUGCCAGAAGCAUUUGUUCAAUUUAAGCAGCAGUUCUGUUUAACAUAUUUCCGUUUACGGGGAGUUCUCUGUAGUUGGGAUAGAUUAGCUUGCAUAUAUUGGUGAGGUUCAGUUACUACUACUACACAUGCUUUUUGUUUUCGUUGACACGUCAUACUAAGGGGCGUUUUCAAAUAAAUGGUGGUUGUUAGCAAUGACCUGGAUCAGUCCUGUGUUUUCAAGUAUCAGAAUGGAAAAAUGCAGAAUACUUGUUCUGAAUGUAAGUGGCACAGAAUGAAAAUGCUGCAUUUGAUACAAUAGAACCUCAGUACUCUUAAUGAAUGAUAGUCAAUAUGUAUAAUCUUUUCGCCAUGCUGAUCACAAAUGCCCAGUGCUGUGAUGGCCAGCACUCGGUAGGCUUAGUUUCGUACAAUUCUGGAGUGCCGAGUUUGCUAAAUGCUGGCGAACCACAGCAGGAUAGAAAAUGCAAUGCUGGAGGCAUGCUUGCAGAUGUGUUUUACAACAGUAGUGAAAGUUGCGCUUGUUAGUACGGCAGGGUACAGCGCAAAAAUGACUUAAGACGGAGAGAACAGAAGGGACACGAAUGAGCUCUGCCAUGAACAUUGCCGUUGGUGUCCCUUUUGUUUGUUGAUUGUUCUCAUGUUGUUCCCAAGUAUGCUUUUAUAGCAGGCAUGCGCAGCAUCUCUAAUGAAUAGAUAUACAACUUACAAGCAAUUGUGCGAGUUAGGAACCUCAACGUACACAGACCUUUCCUAAUUAACACUGGUGUACAAUCAAAACAAAUAAUAAAUAAUGAAAUUCAUUUAAGUUAAAUAUAAGGCCUGACAAUUAGAAUGGUGAGCUCAGCCCUUGCCAGAAUAUUUGUUCAGUGCUAUGAAUCGUGUUAAUAUAUGGAACUAUGCAAUGGUACUCCAACUUGAAAUUCAGUGUAUUUUCUAAUGACUAUGUUCUAUAAUCAGAAUUUUUCUAAAGUCAUGCAUUUAUUACAGAAGUUACAUACGUGUUGGUUGUAACUUGAGAGAACAAUGCAUUUGCUUGCAGAGGGAGCCAUGUCAUGGUAACUAUUAUGCAUUUAAAUCUCUAUGCUCCCAGGAGUCUCGUAGAGCUAUUUACCCAACUCUACAACAAUGACAAACACAACUAUGUCUAAUGAUGGCUACGACCUGUAUGUGAAACACUAAAACAAUAUUUACUGUUACAAACCAUUAUUACGAACCAUAUAUGUGCAGAUUUCCACAAGAGUCAAAAAGUUGCAAGAGUGCCACACUUUUUGGGCAGCCUUUGAAAGAGUCGGUCUCUAUAUGAAAAUAUUCCCCGUUCCCUCUGCCAUCAAACAUGACCUAUACCUUUCUGAAUUGCCAGCAAAUAUUUUUCUAAAUACGUGAAGGCCAUAACUUUUUGCACCUAAGCAUAUCGUUACAACUUGGGGAGCUUCUGAAUUUGCAGCGCAUGCUAAAAAUAUUGACCAAUUCAGAAAGCUGUAAGAAGCCAGAACAAAAAAGUAGGAAAAGUUUUACAAUAAUCCACACAUCAGUGUGCUAUGCAGGCUGAAUCUUUAAACUCUUUAAAUUCCAGCAGUAGUGCUUUCACUGGAACUUUUUCAAGGAAGAGUGCUGUGUUGUACAAAAGCAUUUAUAUCAUUUUAAAUAAUCACACCUCUGUUCAGGUCAUUGUCUAGAUUGAGUUAGAACCUUACUGCACUGGCCAUUGUAUUCCAUUCUUCAGGGUAGAAAAAAAAUGUAUUUGUCACCUGGCAACCACAUUUUAACAGUGCGUGCAAAAAGUGCUUGGAUGCAUUGCUUAAGGUAUGCGUUUUGGAAUUGGGUAGGUUGCCAAAGUUAGCAUCAAAUCGAUCGGGUAUAACUUACAACUGAAGGAUUAAAAUGCAACCAUCAGUAAAUUAAAAUGAAACUCCUCUAGAGACUUUAUUUUUCUUGAAGUUGUACUUUUAAUUUAAUGCUAAUUAGGUGAAUGUAGAAACCUUGUUUACAUAGUGUCAAAAGUGUUUGUAUUUUAAUCUCCUCACUAAUGCAGCAUUCUCUGAAGAAAUAGUGGUACAGUACUGUAUUUUAAGCUUCCAGAUAUUCUUUUACAGAAGUUUUGUACAUUUAUAUGAGUGUUUAGGUUGUGUGCAAAAAUCUAAGCUCUGAGCUUAUGAUGACAAAUCGCUGUGUGUGUGGCUGUAGGUAUGGUCAAAUAAAUACAGCAAACGCUGCAUGGUCUAUACUACUGUGCACUACAUGCAGUAUUUACCUACAAAAUGUCUACAGUAUACACUGCAAAUUUUUUUUAUGUAUUGAGCCUAAUAUAAUCUUUUGCAUAUCAAUGCAUAGUUCUGCCUGUUAUGCAUGAAAUUCCUGAUUGAUAGCAUCGAUUCAAGAAACAAUCAGGAGCACAGUGAAUUCAUGUUCACAAUCUCAGGCCUAAAUUUUGUGCCUUGUGGUCAUACUUGUUCUCUACGUAUGAAGCGAUCAGUUCAAAUUCUUUAGUAUUUUCUCAGUCUAGUAGUGCAUAUGGAACAUGCACGAUUAUGUAACGAAAGAGAUUCCAAAAAGCUUCGACUAUGUGGAUAGUGCUUUGAGAACAGUUUCUGGAACUUGACGUCUUUUUAAUCCAUCGGUACCUAAUAGCCCCCUGACAUUCUACAUUUUAUGGGAUUUUGAUAUGGUAUUCAAGGAACUACUGUAUUGUGAUCUUCAAUGCAGUACUUCAAAAAAGUGUGCUGUCAACCGAACCACUAGCACGUAAUCAAAUGCACUUUGAUUGAUAGAUAUGUGGGGUUUAAGGUCCCAAAAGCACCAUAUUAUUAUGAGAGAUGCCCUAGUGAAGGGCUCGGGAAAUAGCAACCACCUGGGGUUUUUAAACCUGCACCCAAAUCUGAGCACACAGGCCUACAGCAUUUUUGCCUCCAUCGAAAAUGCCGCCACCCCAGCCGGGAUUAGAUCCCGGGACCUGUAGGUCAGCAGCCGAGAAGCUUAGCAUCUUGACCACCGCGGCGAGGCAAAUGCAUUUUGCAGCUAUCGUUUAAACAAUCAUUGAAUAUUCUUCCAAAAGCGGUUUGAGCACUUCUGGCAUAAUUGGACAGGCUUUAUUUGGCUUCAUUUUAAUGCAGCAGUGAACAGCAGGUAUAAGUUUAUUGAGAACAGAGUUUAUUGAAAAUCUCUCUGGUGCAGUACUUCCACAUAAAACCAUCAUUUAAUCAGCACAACAUCAAUGGUCAAGGUGCACAUGGGCAUAACAAUGCUACGUGAUAGUGCCAUCGUGAUAAAACACAGGAAGAGGAGGAUGACAGAAGAUAGACUAGCGCGAGGUGAUCAUAUCGACAGAGCUGCUCAUCUCACCUCUGAAAAAUACUGGGGUGUCUUUCACUGGUUAGGCGAACAGCAAUGAUAAGAAUUCCAUUGUCGUACUAGCCUAGAAACAUGCAAAUAUUUUAUAAAUAGUUCCAAAUAUUUUUAAUAAAUGCACCUUUUAUUGCUAACCAGAAGCACAAGUUUUUUUCUCAAAACUCUAAAAUUAUGUUAGCUGUGUUCACCUUUGACAGCUAUUACAUUGAAGAGUCCAUUCUUUGCGUUCUCUUGCAUCUUUUCAACAGCCACUAAAAAAUAUAUUUUCUGGCACAAAGAAACAUACUUCCCAAGGCUGUGAGCGGUUGUGAGUUGACAAAAAUGUUUAUUUUUAGUUUGCACAACAUGCAAAAUUCUUCUUUUUUUCUUGAGUUCAGUUCCUAAGUUCAUUUUCGAUACGUUGCUGUGCCAUCCUUAACUUCAACCCGUUUUCAAUGCUUGCCAUCCUUCUCCACAAAAAGUUUAUUAUUUUCUGUGUUUUUUUAUAUCAUCUAGAUGCGCUAUGGACCUUGUUUACAAAAGCAUAAUGGAUGGCUUUAAAAUGCGUAACCUUUCCAGUUAAUUUUCUGAAAAUUUGUUUCGUGAUUUCUAUGCUUAUGAAGCUUCUGCUUACGUUAGUUUUCUGUAGAGCCUCUGCAAAUCUGUGGCAUUCUAAAAUUAUAAAUUUGAAACAACAUAUUCGUUUCUUGUGUUCCUUGAGACCAGACUAAUGCACCAACAUGCACACUUAUUUUGAACAGGAUGUCUGAGUGGCUAAAUGCAUCUAUUUUUGUGUGUGAAACUGCUACCUUGUUUAGUUUUGGGCAUGUUGUGAUGUCUAUGAUUGCAGGUCAUUCAUGAAGUGUAGCUUUUUACAGGCUUUUCUUUAACCACUCUUUCUUAAUACCACUGUUGGCACCCAUUGUUCAAGUGCUUCCACCUAAGAAGUUGUGAUGCCAAAUUGAUCAUCUCAUUGCAUUUUGGCAUAUAACCAUGGCUGACAAACAAACACGCGGAGUACCUAAGGAAGUCGACCGCGUGAAAUGUCUAAUUUUCGGCGUGAACGAGGCUCAGCUGCUUGGUGCCUGCGACCACCAAAAUAUUUACGAGCUGUACGUGCCACUUGGCGAAUGUCUUAAUCUUUCUGCUCGGCUGCCUGUGUAGCCGACUGAAUGCUAAUUGCCGCUUUGCCAUUGAAGCGUAUUUUCAGCUUUCGAAUUGCUUCAGACCACUGCUUUAUGCUGCUACUGCCCCAAUUGCAAAAUGCAUGACACUUGUGUCUAUCUCAUGCAGUUUGCGAAGAGUUUCUGCAAAUGGUGCAGAUUGAAGGAGUUAUGCUUGCUUCUUGUUUGUAAGCGCAAAUGCUUUGUCUAUAAGAGUGUGUGUUGUUUGUUUCUCAGAUUUUAAAUAAAUGGAAACUAUAAUAAA